UGAAGGGAAAGAGGGUCCGCCAUGUUCCUCCGCGGCACCGCCGCUUGGCUCUGGUAGCCGCCGCCCCCGCCCCCAACCCCGCCCGGCCCGGCAUUCAGCCGAGCCCCGGGCCCAGCAUGGCCGCCCCUGAGCCGGCCCGGGCCGCGCCGCCCCCGCCCCCGCCCCCGCCGCCUCCUCUCGGGGCCGACCGCGUCGUCAAAGCUGUCCCUUUUCCCCCAACUCAUCGGUUGACAUCUGAAGAAGUAUUUGAUAUGGAUGGGAUUCCCAGGGUUGAUGUUCUGAAGAACCACCUGGUUAAAGAAGGUCGGGUAGAUGAAGAAAUUGCACUUAGAAUUAUCAAUGAGGGUGCUGCCAUACUGCGGCGGGAGAAAACCAUGAUAGAAGUAGAAGCUCCGAUUACAGUGUGUGGUGACAUCCAUGGCCAAUUUUUUGAUCUGAUGAAACUUUUUGAAGUAGGAGGAUCACCUGCUAAUACACGAUACCUUUUUCUUGGUGAUUAUGUGGACAGAGGUUAUUUUAGUAUAGAGUGUGUCUUAUAUUUAUGGGUCUUGAAGAUUCUAUACCCAAGCACAUUAUUCCUUCUGAGAGGCAACCAUGAAUGCAGACACCUUACUGAAUAUUUUACCUUUAAGCAGGAAUGUAAAAUUAAGUAUUCCGAAAGAGUCUAUGAAGCUUGUAUGGAAGCUUUUGACAGCUUGCCCCUUGCUGCACUUCUAAACCAACAAUUUCUUUGUGUUCAUGGUGGACUUUCACCGGAAAUACAUACACUGGAUGAUAUUAGGAGAUUAGAUAGAUUUAAAGAGCCACCUGCAUUUGGACCAAUGUGUGACUUGUUAUGGUCUGAUCCUUCUGAAGACUUUGGAAAUGAAAAAUCACAAGAACAUUUUAGUCAUAAUACUGUUCGAGGAUGUUCUUAUUUUUAUAACUAUCCAGCAGUGUGUGAAUUUUUGCAAAACAAUAAUUUGUUAUCGAUUAUUAGAGCUCAUGAAGCUCAAGAUGCAGGCUAUAGAAUGUACAGAAAAAGUCAAACUACAGGGUUCCCUUCAUUAAUAACAAUUUUUUCGGCACCUAAUUACUUAGAUGUCUACAAUAAUAAAGCUGCUGUACUAAAAUAUGAAAAUAAUGUGAUGAAUAUUCGACAGUUUAAUUGUUCUCCACAUCCUUACUGGUUGCCCAAUUUUAUGGAUGUAUUCACAUGGUCUUUACCAUUUGUUGGAGAAAAAGUAACUGAAAUGUUGGUAAAUGUUCUGAGUAUUUGCUCUGAUGAUGAACUAAUGACCGAAGGUGAAGACCAGUUUGAUGAACGGCUCAUAUAUGGCAAUAAAAAAGUAGGUUCAGCUGCAGCGCGGAAAGAAAUCAUAAGAAACAAAAUCCGAGCAAUUGGCAAGAUGGCAAGAGUCUUCUCUGUUCUCAGGGAGGAGAGUGAAAGCGUGCUGACACUCAAGGGCCUGACUCCCACAGGGAUGUUGCCUAGUGGAGUGUUGGCUGGAGGACGGCAGACCUUGCAAAGUGCCACAGUUGAGGCUAUUGAGGCUGAAAAAGCAAUACGAGGAUUCUCUCCACCACAUAGAAUCUGCAGUUUUGAAGAGGCAAAGGGUUUGGAUAGGAUCAAUGAGAGAAUGCCACCCCGGAAAGAUGCUGUACAGCAAGAUGGUUUCAAUUCCCUGAACACCGCACAUGCCACUGAGAACCACGGGACUGGCAACCAUAGUGCCCAGUGACCAGCGGCUUCCCAGGGACUCUCAGGUCUUGGACCCCAAAUGGACAGAUCACCCAAGAAACUGGAGGGGUCGGCCAAGCUGAUGAUAAAUGUCACAAUCUCUCUGAAGAAACCAUUGUGCUUUUUGAGACCCUUGCCCCCUUCCCAGAUGGAGGCUUGAGGACCCUGGGACAUGUGUUGUCUAAUAAGGUUGGGUAAUCACUGCCACAGUGGAGAGCAGUGAGCAAGGGGCUUGGGGCAAUUUCCAGUGGAGGAUAUCUACACCUCCAUUUAUGCUUGUGGUUCACACAUUUACGUUUACAAAUGAGAUUCCUGUUUUGUUUUGUUUUCUCAGUAGAAUUAGGGUUUUUUUCAACCAUGAGUUUAAAUCCAAUCUUUAGAGUUAACGUGGACUAUCCCCCUACCCCAUGAAAUGUCUUUAAAAGGAUGAAUUAGCAUGGUCUUAAAAUAUAUUUCUGAGGUUACUAGCUGUAUUUUGAAUUGUAGGCAAAAUCUGAGAAACCCAGUUGGUGUUUAUACAAAAUGCUGACCUCAGGUCUAUAGUUCUUAAAUGUGGCUAAUUCUGUAACAUAGUCUUGGUAUUUUUCAAUUAUGAAUGCAUAAACUAUUUCUAAGAAGACUCUUACUUGAACACAAAUCCAAAAACCAAUUUCGAAUCUUUUUUGCCCGUAUCUUUUGAGAUUUACGCCCCAGAGAUUUAAGGGAAAAAAAAGCCUAAAUUUUCAAAUUAUGAAGAAUUACAGAAUUACUCAUUUAAGG